GUCAAAUUGGGUUUUUAUUAAUAAUUGCUACGCCCCUGUGUUGGAUGCACUUCAACUAUUCGACGAUAGUCCGUUUUGCGCGUUUAUUAAAUAGGGUUUGUGCUUUCCCGAUCAAUAAAAUUUCCGAAUUUGUUUGUGUGAAUUAACAAUAUUUUUUAAUAUCGAAUCACGUGAUGGCAUUUCGAAUUAUUAGACAGGCGAUGCCCUUGAUUACGGCUCUGCACAAGCGACACUUUGCUUUUUUAUUUGUAGUGAACCAAGUGACUUGUAUAAGUGCAGAAAUGUCUACACAAACCGGCGGAGAUGCAAAAACUUCCACAAAUGGGCUUCUUCUAUAUCAGAACUUGUACUCCUUUUACUCACAAAAGGUAGUUAUGGCAUUGCAUGAAAAGAACCUUAAUUUUGAAAGUAAACUAAUAGACAUAACUAAAGGAGAACAGUAUAAGCCGUGGUUUUUGGAAAUAAAUCCUAGAGGGGAAGUACCAGUACUGCAAGAUACCGGAAAAAUAAUUCCCGAUUCUAAUAGGAUUAUAGAUUAUUUAGAAGACAAUUUUAGUAAUGGAGAUACGCCUAGAUUAAUUCCAAUGGAUAAGGGACCAGAAAUGCGUCAAAAAGUUUCACAUUUCAGAAAUAUAAUAGACAGCUUGCCUGCAAAUGUUAUUACAAUGGGAACCCUUUUUCAUAAUGAACUAGUUCAAAAUCCUAGAAUACCUUUUGUCGGACCUGUCAGAACUGCACUAGCAAAUGCUGAAAGAGAUAGUAGUGCAAAUUUAAGAAAGUAUGCAGAAGAAAAUGCCAAUGCCAAAGAAAUGUUAUUAAAGAAGGCUGAAGCUCAAGACAAAAAACACAAAACUAUAAUUAAUAAGGAAGAAUUUUUAAAACUGUUAGGCCAAGUUGAAGAAGUAUUAACCCAAAUUGAAGCUGAACUUGGCACACACACUGGAGACAAAUCCAAUUGGUGGCUAUGUGCAGAGUCCUUUACAGUAGCAGAUGUAGCCUUGGCAAUUUUACUGGAACGUUUAAGUCAAGUGGGACUAGAGGAAAGAUUUUGGUUAAAUGGUAAAAAACCUCAUGUUGAGGCUUACUACAGUAGAAUCAAAGAGAGAGAUUCCUAUAAAAAAACAAUUCCAACCACUUUUAUGUUUAUUAAACUUAUUUUUUCAAACCCAUAUGUCAUAGGCAUUAGUGUGGCUGCAUUAAUUGCAAUUAUUGUUGGAGGUGUUUUUAUUGUUAGAAAAGCUGUUUAUUAAUUAUAUUUGUGAUAUGGCUAAGGAUGUUUAUGCAUUUUGAACAAAUCUCAUUAUUUUUGUAUAGAUAAUAACUAAUAAAUAAUAUUUAAAUUGA